ACUUCUCAGUGACGCAAGAGCAGAGUGAAUAAAAUGGCUUCCAACCAACCGGCUGCGGUGAGCGAAGAUAAUAUUGUAGCCUUCAGAAAACACAUGGAUAAUUAUACAUCUGGGGAGCUGAAGAGGCUGAGCGAGCACUUCCGCCCCGACUUGGUCUACGUCAUUGAGAACGACAUUCUCACUGUGCUGCAGGAACUCACCAGCAGAUGUGUCAUCACUGCUCAGCAGGCCCAGGAUUACCAUGACUGGGAGAGGAACCACGACUCAGCCAGCGCUGCAGAGAAGCUGGCAGAUGACAUUUUGGCUAUGAACCAGGCCACAGGGCUGGGUCUCUGGACGUGUCUGUUUGCUCUGCAGAGCAGGUGGGCUCACCCCAAUCUCCAUGGGAUGCUGGACGAAAUCAUUCAGAAUGGUCAAAAUCUGUUAAAGGAAAAUCUCCUGAAUGAAAAUGGACAUCCUCUUGAUGCCGAACUGAAAGUUUGCCAAAAAAAGCACAAAGAUAAUCUCUGUGACCUGACAUGGAUGAUGAAGGAAAACAGGAGCUCAGGGAAGUCACGGGGACUUCAGCCUCCCUCCAUCUCUAGCCACUAUGUGGAGCUGAAGGUGGUCUCAGACCGUCACUUCAAGAAGCAGACACACCAGGAGCAUGAGGCCCUGGCCGCGGCUGGGGAGCUGAAUGAAUAUCGCCUCCAGAGGAGAAUGAAGAGUGAGCUGGAGCGCAUCGCCCCUGACCGGCUCUUCCGCUGGUGCUUUCAAUCCCGCCGUGUCCCCCUGUCUGUGAUGGUGAGUGGAGUAGCCGGCGUGGGCAAGACAACCCUGGUGCAGAAAUUCAUCUUUGACUGGGCAACGGGGAAGCACUACCAGAAAUUUGCCUUUGUUUUCUUCUUCAAGUUCCGGGACCUGAACACUAUUACUGAGAAGAGGAGCCUAGAAUCUCUGAUCUGUCAAACAUAUCCACACCUCCGGGACAAGCUCCCUAGAGUCCUGGAAGACCCUGAGAAGUUGCUCUUCAUCUUUGAUGGCUUGGAUGAGAGCAAGACUGAUUUGAAAUUAAGCAGAGGUGGAUCCCAUGAACUGUGUAUGAAUCCAGGGGAUGUGAAGCCAGUUACUGUGAUUGUCGCCAGCCUGCUGAAACAGACUCUGCUGAAGGGAUGUUCUGUGCUGCUGACCAGCCGCCCCAGCAAGUUGACCAGUUUGGAGGCUGGAGUCUUCCAUAGGGUGGCCAGUAUCGUGGGCUUCCUCUCCAAGGAAAGGGAAAGAUACUUUUCCAUGUUCUUUGGAGAUGAGCGAGUCUCCAGAGAGGCCUUUGCGUAUGUGAGGGACAGUCAGGUUCUGUACACGCUGUGCUACAACCCAUCUUAUUGCUGGAUCACAUGCACGGCCCUGAAACCCUGCUUCAUUGCCAGGGCAGGGAGACCCAAAACAGUGACCCAGCUCUUUGUGAGCUACGUCACCCAUAUUAUGGCCAGUCACACCCAGGAGCGGCCUGAGCCUCAGAGGAUGCGAGAUACAUUGAUAAGUGUCGGAUGGUUGGCUGAAUACGGCAUCACAAACCACAUUCUAGUCUUUGAUCUGAAGUAUUUACAGGAUUUCAAUGUUGAGUUUUCUCCAUUCCUCACUGGCUUCUUGGUGGAGAACCCUCAAACCGAUGACUCUUCCCAGGUGACCUACUCCUUCCUUCACCUCACCAUCCAGGAGUUCUUUGCUGCCCUCGUGCAUUACCUAGAUUACAAGGAGGACAAGUUCAGAGACACAAUGGCUAAAGCCAGGUCCUGUAAGGAAGGUGACUAUGAGAUCUUCUCUCGCUUCCUGGCUGGGCUCUCCCAUCCUGUAACCAGGAUGCCCCUGGAGAAAUAUGUGGGGAAGUUCUCUGCAGAGGCAACUCGUAAGGUUAUUGGAUGGCUCAGUGAGAUGAACUAUGAGGAGCUGCAAAGCCCAGAAGAGCCUGAGGGGAAGAGGAGGCUGAUGAACGUAUUCAAUUUGUUUUUUGAAUCUCAGAACAGCCAACUUGUGCAUGAUGUGGUGGGUAAAGCUGCCCAUAUGGACUUCUCUGACUUAUACCUCAUGCCGGUGGAUUGCACAGUUCUUGCUUAUGUGUUGAGUUGCUGUGAAGAAAUACAGCGCCUAACCCUAGAUUCCUGCUUCAUCCAGAAUGAGGGCCUGGAGCGACUCAGACCUGAGCUGCACAAAGUCAGAGAACUGAGUCUCCUGGAUAAUGAUCUGAAGGAUCCUACAAUGAAGGAUAUUUGCAAGGCCCUAAAGCACCAGAACUGUAGGCUAGAGGCUCUGAGCCUAGGGAAGAACGCGUUCACUGAACAGUGCUGUGAAGAACUGGCAUCUGCCCUCGCGGAAAACCGGACCCUCCUGAGACUUGAACUGAAGAAGAAUAAACUGCGGACAGUGGGCCUUUCUUACCUAUCCAGGGUGUUUGAGUCCCCAGAGUGCAAGAUUCGGAAAUUAGGCCUCCAGGGAACUGGUUUGUCAGAUGAAUCCUGCAGGAGCCUCUGCUCUGCUCUCUCCAAAACCUCCAGCCUCCGACAUCUGAACCUGAGUGCGAAUAUGUUCACCGAUCGGUGCGCUGAAGAAGUGCAUCUUCUUAUCCUGACGUGCCCCAGCCUCACUGAGAUCAGGCUAGGUUUGAAUGACUUCUCUCCAGAGGUGGAAAAGCAGCUGAAGAACGUGCAGAGAAAAGGGCUGGACAUUCAUUUUUAA